AUGCGAUCCUCUUGGCUCUCGACCGCUUCGGCCGUCUUUGUGUGCGCUGCUGCGCUCGCUAAUGCUGCCAAGCUGCCUGCUCCUCUCGAGCAGAUCCACUACGAUCAGGCCGGUAACCUCGUCUGGAACGAAGACAAUGAUGUCUCGAACGUCAUUCCCUCGCUUGGUCGACCUGACUUUUCUGCUUUAAAGCUCGAGGGCGUUGUUGCUGCCGCAACUCCGGUCAAGCAGAGUGUUCAUGACGUCUUUUCCGAGUCCAUGAAGCAGGCCGAGGAUGUCCUUACCUGGGCUGAGAAUGAGAUCGAGCGUAUCGAGCACAAGAUCGAGGAUGCUGUCGUCGGCACCAAGCACACCGUCAAAGACUGGAUCCACACCGGCAAGGUUUUUGUCGACGGUCUCGAGUUCGAGCGCCUUACCCACCCUUCUUUCCCCGAGUACUCGCUUCGUCUCAACACUCAGUCCGAGGCUUUCUGUGACAAGGACGUUGUUCAGCACAGCGGCUACCUUGAUAUCUCGGACUCCAAGCAUCUCUGGUUCAUCUUCUUCGAGUCGCGUAGCAGCCCCAAAGACGACCCCGUCGUUCUCUGGCUCAACGGUGGACCCGGCUGCUCCUCGUCCACCGGUCUUCUGUUUGAGCUCGGCCCUUGCCGUGUCACCGACCAAGGUCGCGCGGUCAAGAACAACCCUCACUCGUGGAACAACAAGGCCAACCUGCUGUUCCUCGAUCAGCCCGUCGAUGUCGGCUACUCUUACUCGGAUAACGACCAGGUGAACAACUCGCCUGCGGCAGCCGAGGAUGUAUAUGCCUUCCUGCAGCUCUUCUUCGCCAAGUUCCCCGAAUACUCUAAGCUUCCCUUUACCGCCUCGGGCGAAUCGUAUGCCGGCACCUACCUUCCCAACAUCGCCUCCACCAUCUACAAGAAGAACAAGAACCUCGCUCUUGCCCGUUACAGCAACCCUGAGCUUGCUCCUAAACACAUCAACCUCGAUACUGUCAUGAUCGGCAACGGUCUUAGCUCGCCUCAGUAUCAGUUCCCCUCGGUACCCGAGUACGCGUGUGGUGCUGACAACAAGUACGCGCUUUUCGAGCCUGGAAGCUCGACGUGCAAGACGCUCGAGCAGCAAGCCGCCACCUGCAAGUCGCUGAUCAAUUCUUGCCAGAAGUACAACUCGCGUCUCACUUGUACGCCUGCUGCGCUCUACUGUUGGAGUCGUCUCUACGGCCCCGCCCAGGAGACCGGUAAGAACCUGUAUGACGUGCGCAAGACGUGUGACCGCGAAAAGGAUGGCCCUCUAUGCUACAAGGACAUGGAAUACAUCGAGACGCUGCUCAACACACCUAGCAUCAAGAAGAACCUCGGUGUUCCCGAGUCGGUCAACUUCCAAUCGUGCAACAUGAACAUCAACCAAGCCUUUUUGCUACAGGGUGACUCGAUGCACGAUUCGGCCGCUCUCCUUCCCGAGCUCAUCGAGGACGACAUCCGAGUACUCAUCUACGCUGGUGAGGCCGACUUCAUGUGUAACUACAUGGGUAACCUCGAGUGGAUGCAGAGCCUCGAGACGAGCUACCUCGACGACUUUAACAACGGCACUGCCAAGGAAUGGACCGUCAACGGCAAGAAGGCUGGCUUGGUUCGCAAGGGUGGUAAGGGUGCCGGUAACGUGGCGUUUGCACAGGUGUACGCCGCUGGUCACAUGGUCCCUUACGAUCAACCCGAGGUUGCGUCGGAUAUGAUCAACCGCUGGCUCGCAAACAAGCCGCUUGCCUAA